AUGAACAGCGAAGACGCAGCCACGCGCGCAGCCAAGCGCAAGCACGCCACCUGGGCGUCCGCAAGCUGCUACGCUGGAAGCCGCGCGCUGGCAGCUGUUCAAGCGCACGCUGUCGUACACGACGCGCCUAAAGGGCGCGCCGCUUUUACACCUGCGCGCCCCUCUAGCGUCUAUCUAAGAGAUCCAUUAUCCAGUCGAAAGUGUCACGCACCAUCGGUGGUGAUGUAG